AUGUCGAGAAAUGUGAUACGAUGGGAGCAGCCACUUUGUGGCUGCAUGAGUAAUAUGUGCAGUUGCUUAUUUGUGUGUCUUUUUUGUCCAGGGGGAAGCUGCAUAUAUCAAGCCUGAACUGUUCACAAGGCAACAGGAGAUUCUUGCUAUCAUUCAUUUUGCUGCUCAUUUUUAUGUUGUUGUAUUGGGGCAGCAAUAAACCGAACAAAAAUUAGAGAUCGUUACCUGAUAGAUGGUUCCUGCUGUGGAGACUGCAUCACCCACCUCUUUUGUGGACCAUUAGCAGUGUGUCAAGAACACCGAGAAGUGUACAGUAGAGAAAAUAUGUAUCCAUGGGGAUAA